AUGUCGCUGUAUGAUUUAAUUCGUGAAAUGCCAAAAGUGGAACUUCAUGUGCAUCUCGAAGGAUCAAUUCAACCUGACACAUUGUUAGAACUCGCCAAGCGCAAUGACGUUAUACUUCCUGUUAAUACACAUGACCAACUAGAGAAAUGGUAUAAAUUCCGUGAUUUUGCACAUUUUCUAGAAAUUUACUUCAUAAUCUCUUCAUGUAUCUGUACUGCGGACGAUAUCGACUUAAUUGCGCGAAAGUUUCUACAAGAUCAAGCUGCACAACAUAUAUUAUACAGCGAGGUAACAUUCACACCAUAUACCCAUUAUAGCUUAAAUCGGCAAAUUCCAUUCCAAGAUCAAUUGGCAGCGUUACAGCGAGCGCAGAAAUGGGCAAAAGAAGAACUUGGAAUCAGAGUUGGCUGGGUUCUUGAUAUAUCACGUAAUGUUCGGCCUGUAGAGCAUGCCAUGACUGUUGCCGAAUGGGCUAUAUUAGGAAAAGAACAUGGAGUUGUUGCACUUGGUAUUGGUGGUCCUGAGAUUGGAAAUCCGGCGGAAUUAUUUCAGACUGCGUUCGAUUAUGCUUACAAAGCUGGAUUGCCAUGUGUACCUCAUGCAGGAGAGACUGAAGGAGCCAAAAGUAUUUGGGAUGCUAUCCAUUUGUUACAUGCCUGUCGCAUCGGACAUGGUGUGCGCUGUUUAGAAGAUCCUGAUCUAGUAACAUUAUUACGUCAUCGUCAGAUUCCGUUGGAAGUCUGUCCAAGCAGCAAUGUCUGUUUAGGGGUUGUGACGAACUUAGGUGAUCAUCCUCUGCCUCGUUUGCUAAAGGAAGGACUUUACGUUACAAUAAAUUCCGAUGAUCCGGCCAUGUUCAACACUACACUGACAGAUGAAUAUCUGCGAAUCGUACGUGCACUUGCAUUCGAUGUCGAUCAGAUCCAACAACUAGUAAUAAACGGUGUCCGUGCCACACUUCUGUCUGAUGAGUCCCAUGAGCAUAUGGAACAACAGUUUCGUCAAAAGUUUGUAGAGUUACGGUGUCACUACCAAAUUUAA